UAGAGCGAGGCGUGGAUGAUAAGUGGGAAAAUGCUUCUGCAGCCGACCUAAGGUGGAUGCAGGAGCAGGCGAAGUUGAUUUAUCUGUCAGACAGACUGCACUCGGAUUUAGAGCGGCAGCGCAGCGAGGUGUUACAGGGCAAACUGCAAGCUCUGUGCCAAGAGCAGGGCAGCACAUUAAAGGAUGAGCAGGAGGCUUUUCCUCACACCUUAUGUCAGCUUCAGGAGGACAACAGCGCAUUACGAGAAACACUGGAGCCUGCUGAGCAGAAGAUCAUAUUUAUUGAGACUGGGAACCGGAGGCUGCUGGAAGACAUCGAGAAAAUCGAGGAAUAUCACGAGGAAAGGAUGAAGAAUCUGGAAAGUGGGUUUCAAGAGAGGAUCGGGGAGCUACAACACAUCCACGAAGAGGAGAUGCAGAACUUGCAUGGCUACUACGUCAAGUCCUCCAAAGAGAAACAGAGCAACAUCUGCACAGAGUCAGAAGAGGAUUACCUGAAAGAAACACACGAGGCGACCUGUGAUCAGGGCUUCGCUGCUAUGGAGGAGAUGCACCGGCAGCUGAUCUCAGACCUGCAGAAGCAGCAUCAGACAGAGAUGGCAGCGCUGCUGAAGCAGAGAGACAAGCUGCUGCAGGAAGAGACCGCCGCCACCAUGGCAGCUAUUGUAGCGAUGAGAAGAGCCCAUAAAGUGGAGCUGGAGAAAAGCCGGCAGUCUCAGCACAUCAAGAAGAGCGCUGACAUCACUCAACUGCAAAAUGAAUAUGAAAAGGAGUUUCAGUUGAUGCAUAAGGAGCUCGAGGUGCUGUCGGUGCAACACACUCAGAAAUGUCUGGAACACUCUCAGCUGAGCCAGGAGCUGCAGGAGGAGAGGCAGUCCUCCAUUCAGUACCAGAAACAAAACAAGGAGCUGAAAAAGAAACAGAGGGAGACAGAUGAAAUGUCUCAGCUGCAUUUCUCACUGAAUGGGAAACAGUCCCAGGUCGGCCCUCAAGUCAACGACUUCUAUGAAAUGGAGGUGAUCCUGAGGGCGAGGGAGGCAGAAAUGCAGUUUCUCAGACAGGAAGCUCGUUCUCUUAAGGAAGAGUUGAAGCUCGCUCGAAUGGACAAAAUAUACGCCCAGAACAAGCUCAAGGCCCUCCAUACGACCAGCCUGGAUGAACCACACCAAGAUGUCACUUGGUCAAACCGAGACGCCUCAGGACAGAGCCUCAAAGACAAUGGGACAAACACAAGUAAUGCUGCUUUUCUGAAGAAGAAAGAUAAAUCCUCCCUCACACGUCAGAUCAGAGGAGUCCGAUCAAAGAGUUUAAAAGAAGGUCUUUCUAUCCAAGAAAGAAUGAAGUUGUUUGACCACACUGGCUUUUCUAGAUGACCAUUUUUAAGAUUGAUAUCAAAUAUUAAAGGAAUCACAAAAAUAUAUAUUUUAUGUUGGUCCUAUUACAGUGCACAGUGCAACGUAUAGACACAAUAUCUGUGUUUUUAUUGAUAUUAUUCAGUGUAUUGCAUCGUUUUUGUAAAAACUGUAGUUACCAUGUUGUACCACUAGAUGGAGCAAAACACAACGAGCAGAGGACCCUUCUGAAACGGAAACUGUUUAUGACCAUUUUUUGAGCAGCAAAUUAAUUAAUGAGACCUAUUUAUUAGCAUAUUUAUUAAACAUUAGUCACGGUGAAUUCCAAUGUUGUA